AUGCUUCGGGUGGACCAGGCCGAGCCCCUGGCAAACAGGAGCAACGGGUGGCGUUACAGGGGGCCUCGAGGUGUUACCUAUCGACGGCAGGCCGUCUUCGGGACGGGGUUUAGGGUUCGUAUCUCCUUCCCUUCAUCAGCGAGGCCGGGACACAUGUGGUUCAACUCGCACCCCCUCGGAGGAGAUCCCAACCUGUACAAUUUUCAAACUUGGGCGAGGACGGUGCUGCAGAGUGGCAUGGUCCACCCGCGUGACGCCGAGGCUUGGCGCACAGCGAGGAUCGACGUCGACACCCAGGGCAUCCCGAUCUCACUUGUGAACCUCCAGGUCCGAUCUGGUGUCGACUCACAGAGCCCUUUUUUCAGACAGCUUAACAUAGCGACCUUCGGGCACAGAGUUGUGAGAUAUGCCCCCAUCGCCGCGUUCGGCAAAAAAUGGCAAGAACAACAGCUCCCAGGAGCCUGUCUCGCUCUGGUUGUGUCAGCGGCCGACGAUACCUGGCGAGUAAUCUUCUGCUGGGCGUCAGCUGGCAGGAGGAUCGACGUCGACACCCAGGGCAUCCCGAUCUCACUUGUGAACCUCCAGGUCCGAUCUGGUGUCGACUCACAGAGCCCUUUUUUCAGACAGCUUAACAUAGCGACCUUCGGGCACAGAGUUGUGAGAUAUGCCCCCAUCGCCGCGUUCGGCAAAAAAUGGCAAGAACAACAGCUCCCAGGAGCCUGUCUCGCUGUCCUCGUCGCCGACGCUUAG